AUCUUUACCAUGAAAAUCUGUCAUGGGGGUAGGUUUUAUAGUCAUAAGGGAAUAAAUAGAAGAUAUGUUGGGGGAAACAUUUUAUAUGUAGAUGGGGCAGACCCUGAUAAGAUUUCUAUGACAGAGUAAGUUUAUUGGGCAUAUGAUAUUGGGUAUGAACAUCCUCCAAUUCAGUGGUGGUUUAGGAUACCUGGUAGUGAAGAUGGCAGUGGUUUUCUUCAUAUAACAUGUGAUGAGGAGGCAACAAACAUGUGUAAAUUUGUGUCUCCAAGAAUCAAAGUUAUGGAGUUAUUUUAUAAUUUGUGAAGCAGAAAGAAGAAUGUUUAAAGAUGACAAGCUAGGGAGAUUUACAGAAAAUUUAGAUCACACAAGAUUUAUCGGAUGAAUGAUUAAUGAUAUUGAAGAUGGACCUAUUGAAGAGACUAGACCUGAGGCCACACCUAAUGAGGACUUAGAUCCGAUUAAGGUAAUUGAAGACAACGAAAGAAGUGUAAGGGCUGUUGUAGAUAUGCAAGCUCAAGUCCAAAUGGGAAAAAGUAGAAAGGCGGAUAAGGGUAAGAGGCAUGUUGAAGAAGCUCCAAAGUCACAAAUAAAAAGAGGAAGACCAAGCAAACAUAUGACUAAGAGGUACUCAACCAAAAGUCAAAGGGAGAAUUCAAGGCAAGGUGGUGGAGAGAGUUCAAGACAAAGGGAGGAAGAGGUUGAAUAUUCUUCUGAAAGUUCUACAGAUUCAGAUGAUCCUAAUUUUCAUGGGAUGGUCGAUUCAGAUUAUGAUCUAAAUUCAGAAGAUGAUGAUGUAGAUUUUGAAGGGAAUGUGGAUGGUGACACUAGAAGGGUUGAUGAAUGGGAUGAGAUGGGGUUUGAGGGAAACAUUUAAGAAGAUGAUGGAGAUGAGUCUGAUGGCUUAAAGGGUUUGCAUGGUUCUUCCGAUGAAGAAGGUGAGGAUAGAGGAAGGUUCCCUGUGACAUGUAGGAAAAGGGACUAAUGGCUUAAAGAGUUUGCACGGUUUUACGUAUGCAUAAAAGCCUUGAAGAGAGGAUGGAGGGCAGGUUGUAGACCUAUUACAGGUUUGGAUGGCUGCCACUUAAAAAGUGUUCACAAGGGUCAAAUUCUAUCUGCUAUAGGCAUUGAUGGGAACAAUGGUAUUUAUCCAAUAGCUUGGGCAGUAGUUGAGGGAGAAACCAGAGAUAGUUGGACCUGGUUCUUGGAGUCUUUAAAGGAAGAUUUAGAUAUACAUCACUCUAGCCACUACGCUUUUAUGAGUGAUAAACAAAAAGGGUUGGAGGAGGCAAUAAAAGAGCUAUUCCCGGAUGCUGCACACAGACAUUGUGUGAGACACCUCCACAAUAAUUUCAAGAUUGAUGGUUUUUUAGGUACAAGUUGACACUUUAAGCUCUAGAUUGAAUUUUGAAUGGUUAAAUUCGAUCAGCAACUUCUAUUUUCUAUUCUUAUUGUAGGUUUGGAGCUUAAAAACAAGUUAUGGGCAAUUGCUAGAAGCUGUACACAAAAUAAAUUUCAGGCAGCCAUGGAAGACAUGAAGAGUAGUACAAUUGAAGGAUACAAUUGGUGUGUGCCCAGACCUGCAGUACAUUGGAGUAAGUCACACUUCGACCCCAAAUUUAAGUGUAGUCUAUUGUUGAACAACCAUAAUGAGAGCUUCAACUAAAACAUUCUUCCAGCGAGAAAUAAACACAUUUUAGGGUGUUUAGAGGAAAUAAGAAUAGCAACAAUGGUCAGGUUGGGAAACAGAAGGCAAUCAAGGCCAAGAUGGUAGUGUAAAGUUGGACCAAGGGUGGAAAAGAAAUUGAGGAAAUCAGUGAUGUGGAGCAAUGAGUAUUGGGCUGUUCAGUCUAGUCCCUGGAGGUUUGAGAUUCAUGGAAGGGGUGCACAAUGCAUAAGUGGGGUUACUUCUGUUCAUUAUGUGGCAUUGGACUUGAAGAGAUGCACCUGUAGGAGAUGGGAUAUUUCAGGACUACCAUGUGGACAUGCAGUUUGUGCAAUAUUCUCAAUUAAAAAGUCUCAUGCAGAUUUUGUGGAUGACUACUACACCAAGGACACAUAUAUGAAAGCUUAUGACCCAAUCAUGUAUCCUAUAGCUGGAGUGGAGGAGUGGGAGAAAAUACAUAGGCCUAUUGCACCUAUUCUAUAUAGGAGGCAGCCUGGGAGACCCCCUAAAAUGGCUAGGAAUCUAUCUGCAGGUGAAGUAGAACCACCAGCUGGGGCAAACAAAUUUCCUAAGGUGUAUUAUUCUCAAAUCACUUGUAAAAUGUGUGGCAAAAAGGGCCACAAUAGUAGGACUUGUUUACGAAGGAAUCAGGGUCAAAAUGUGCAACAACAACCUUUUCAUUUGAAUACACAAGAGGGUAUGCAAGAACAAGCACACCAAAGUCCGAAUGUAAGGGAGGCAGUAAGCCAUGGUGUUCAACAACAAGAUGUUCAUGAUCUUGUAGGCAGUUCCCAACCACUACCUGAAAGUCAGCAAUGUCCCUCAAACACCGGCUAAAAAUUGGGGAGUUAUUUGCAUUAGGGUCGGCUUUGUAAUAUGCUUGUUGUACGAUCUUUUAUGAUGCUAGCUUAUUGGUAAAAGAAACACUUUUGUG